AUUUAUACAUAAAAGCAUCGGCGCACUUCCAUCAUUCAGUAUUCGACGCUUCCUGGAGUGAAGACGUCAAGCGUUAUACUGGUAUCUCGUAUUGAUAAACUAUAAGUGUUCGAUAUUGAAAGAUCGAGAAUGAUUUGCCGGAUAGGUUUGCUGGUUGUGAUCGCGACGUGUGCGUCCGUCGCGUCCGCGUUGCCGCCGUGCGUGUGCACGCGUGAGCUGAAGCCUGUGUGCGGCAGCGACGGUGAGACCUACAACAACAUGUGCCUGCUGGCUUGUCGCCAGGAGACCCAGCCUGGCCUGCAGCUCCACAGCCACGGCCGCUGCCGGUCGGCCCGGCAAGCGGACGACGGCUGCCUGUGUACCCUCGAGUACGAUCCUGUGUGCGCCAGCGACGGAAGCACCUACCCCAACAGAUGCGCCAUGAACUGCAACGGAAGAAACCUCAAAAUUCUGCACUACGGUGAAUGCAGAUCAAAGCGAGAGGUCGCCGCUGAGAGAAUCUGCCCUUGCCCCUUCAACUACGCCCCGGUCUGCGGCACGAACGGCGAAACAUACCCCAACGAAUGCACAUUAAAAUGCGUAGAUAACGUCCGAGUUGCACACGCUGGUGAAUGCAGGACCAAACGAAGCGAUUGUAUCUGCCCGUUGGUCUACGCGCCAGUGUGCGGCACGGACGGUAAAACAUACGGCAACGCGUGUGCUAUGGACUGCGAUGGAACUGGUGAUGUCAAAAUGGCCUACAGUGGUCCAUGCGGGGUUCCACGGCAGGUUGAGGAUGAACCGCCCCUAUGUUUCUGCACUUACGAGCACGAUCCCGUCUGCGGUUCAAACGGACGCACGUACGCCAACAUGUGCGCUUUAGAAUGCGAAGGUGACACUGUCCAGGUUGCCUAUAAAGGAGAUUGUAGAGCGAAGCGAGAGAGCGUUCAGAUCGCGAAUCUUCCCGCGUGCCUUUGCAGCAGAGAAGCAAUGCCUAUUUGCGGAACCGACGGCAAUACUUACUCAAACCCUUGUUUACUGAACUGCAUGAAGGAGCAAAGGGAGGACUUAGAGAUUGACCACACCGGCCCUUGUAGACGCAAAGCCGUCAAGGUACGUGAGGUGAUUCCAGAGCAGGGCUGCUCUUGUACGAGAGACAUGCAGCCUGUGUGCGCCUCAAACGGCGUGACCUACAACAACGAGUGUCUGAUGCGAUGUGCGGGCGAUCAUUUGACGGUGGAGAAGUACGAGCGGUGUGAUUAGGCGUUAGGUCAGAUGGCUGUGAUUUAAAAUAACCAAUAUUUGGAAAAUUCACCCAGUGUUCACAAACAUUACGUCAUCGAGUGCCAUCUGCGACCGAUCUUGGUGUUUCGGUCUUACUCUUACUGUCGUGGUGCAUGCCAUCAACAAAAUAAGUGUACUGGUAAUAAUUGAUACCGACACCGCACCUCGUCAUAUGCAUUCACUGUAGGGUUUUUCUUAGAAGAAUUCUCAGAACAAGAAUAAUUACGCCUUUGUCACAGUGCUCCCUAAAGCACAGUAUAGGUUCCACGAAUCUUAAACCAUUUUCGUUCAAAUAAUGUCGUACCUACGAGUGCCUACUGUAAGAUAUCGUAAUGAAUCCGUUAUUAUA